UUCAGAUUCGCCCACUUGAGGGUGCUUGCGCCAGCAAACAUGCGGCUACGCUUGUUUUGUAUCGCCUUGCUGGCUGUCGCUCGUUCAGCUCUGGCUGACGAGGGAUAUAAUUAUCCCAGACCUACAAGUCCGCUUAUACCAGGUGGGCCAGGAGGAGGUCCUGGCGCAAAACCAGGAGGAGAAUUUCCAGGUACAUCCGGCGGAUAUCCAUCUGGCCCAAGCGGACCCAGAGAACCAGGAAGAACAAAUGGUUAUCCAUCUGGUCCAUCAGGACCGUCAGGAUUUCCAGGUGGACGUCCAAGCGGUACACCAGGUGGACAACAGCCUGGAUUCCCAUCCGGCCAAGGGCCUUCCGCGGGAUAUCCUCGGGAACGUCCCUCUGUUCCAUUUCCAAGUGGUGAGCCAACAGGCAGACCUGGAACAGGUCCAGGUGGGUAUCCAUCUGGCGGGCCAAGUGCACCAACCGGACCGGGUGCACGACCAGGAUUUCCAACAGGACCAAGUACUGGAUAUCCUGGUGGCAGGCCUAAUGGGCAAGCACCAGGCGAUUUUUCAGGUGGACAAAGGCCUUCCGGAUAUCCAAGUGGACAACCAGAAGGUCCUGGAUAUCCUAGUGCACGGCCAGGUGGACAAGGACCAAGUGGAGGCUAUCCAGGUGGAAGGCCUAGUGGUCCGGGAAGUGGAUAUCCUAGUGGAGGACCAAGCACUGGCUAUCCAGGAGGUGCUCAGAGACCUGGUGGUGGCCCAGGUCCUCAAAGACCAAGCGGAUAUCCAGGACCGGGUGGUCCUCAAGGACCUGGAGGUCAGCAAGGUCCAGGCGAAACAUCUACCGGAGGUUAUCCUAGUGGUAGACCAGAAGGACAGAGACCAGAAGGUUAUCCAAGUGGACCAAGCUCGCAAAGACCGGGAAGCUACCCAAGUGGCCCAAGUCCGCAAGGCCCGGGCGGCUAUCCUGCCCCAGGCCCACAAGAAGCAGAAGGAAUUUCCGGGUGGACCAAGUGCACAACAACCAGGAAGAUUUCCAGCUGGACCAGGCCACAAGAACCAGGAAGGUUUCCAGCUGGACCAGGUCCACAAGAACCAGGAAGAUUUCCAGCUGGACCAGGUCCGCAAGGACCAGAAGGUUUUCCAGGUAGACCAAGUCCGCAAGGGCCAGAAGGAUUUCCGGGUGGACCAAGUGCUGGCCAACCAGCAGGACCUGGACAGCACAGAGGACCUGGGGAAUAUUCUCAUGGUGACGAGGGAACGUACGAUGAAGGUGAUUACUCAGCUAUUCCCGGCGAGCCUGGUCGCGAUUAUCCUAUAUUAAGUGAAAUUCCGGAGACUGGUUUUCGUUGCGAUGCGCAACAAUUUCCUGGUUAUUACGCUGAUGUGGAAGCCCAGUGCCAAGUUUUUCAUGUAUGUGCCAAUAAUAGAACCUUCGACUUUCUUUGUCCAAAUGGAACGAUUUUCAAUCAGCAAUUCUUCGUCUGUGUAUGGUGGAAUCAAUUUGACUGCAGCUCCGCACCAAGUCUUUACUAUUUGAAUGAAAACCUUUAUGACUAUACUAUUAUGGGAGCACCUGCUCAAAGACCCGGCACUGAAAGACCUUCAGGACCUUCUGGACCUACUACAUACCCGGGAGGUCCUGGUCGUCCAAGUGGUCCAAGUGCAUCUGUUCCAAGUGGUCCAGGAGGUCCAGGUGGUCCAGGAGGUCCAGGUGGUCCAGGUUAUCCAGGAGGUCCAGGUGGUCCAGGUUAUCCAGGAGGUCCGCAACGUCCUGGUGGUCCAGGUUAUCCAGGAGAACCUCAAGGUCCAUCGAGACCGGGCGAAUAUCCAGGAGAACCUCAAGGCCCAUCAGGACCAAGUACAUAUCCAGGGGGACCUCAAGGCCCAUCAGGACCAAGUACAUAUCCAGGAGGACCUUCGGGUCCUUCGGGACCAGGUAGAUACCCAGGCGGACCUUCAGGCCCGUCAGGACCAACUGGACCAGGCGGUUAUCCAAGCGGUCCUCAAGGACCAACGGGUCCGGGAACUACAAACGGUUUUCCGGGACGACCGGGAGGUCCAGGACCACAAGGUCCAUCUGGUCGACCAGGACCUGCAUAUUUAGGUCCGUCAACUGGACCAUCAGGACCUCAAGGACCUCAAGGACCAAGCGGAAGACCUCAGGGACCUUCUGGUCCUUCUGGACCUUCAACAAGACCGCAAGAACCUAGCCGUCCCGGCGGUUAUCCAGGACCAGGCGGACCAUCUCCAGGAUAUCCCAGUGGCCAGCCUCAAGGACCUACUGGAUCGCAGGGCUACCCAGGUCCGGGUACACCGGGUGGUCGUCCACAAGGACCUAGUGGACCAGGCGGAUAUCCCAGCGGUAGACCAAGCGGCCCGUCAUUCCCAAGUGGACCAAGUGGACCAAGCGGACCUACUGAACCGGGUAUCGGGACGAGUUCACCGUUCCCUCCGAAGCCAGAUCGUGAGUACUUGCCACCGCGGAUCGGAUAAUUGUGAAGCUAAA